AUAUAUAUAUAUAUAUAUUUUUUUUUUACUUGGUCAAUUUAUGGGGGAAGCUUGGCAUCCAUGAAUACACGUCACUGGCCUGAACGGGGCAGAGACAGCGCAGGAGUAAGGGAGGGGUUUGUGUCGUGGGGUCUGACUAUCUUUGUCUGUCUGACUUGCUGUAAUGAUUUAAUUAAACAUGUCUGAUUAUGACUCAGUGUGUGUAUUGUAAACCUUUAUGCUAUAGAGUAAUCUCCUGUGUAUGUGUGCACGUGGAGCCUGUUUGUGUGACUGGUGUGUGUGUACCCUGGUUCAGGUUUGUAUACAGAUGUUUGUUUAUAAGCUCUGUCCUGUUAGGGAGAAUGUUCUUAGAGGGAACAACAGGUUGUGUGCUUAUCCGCUUCCAGGAAGAUUAAAACAAGUUCCCUUUUCUGAAACCACUGCUCACACACAUCCUGACAUUAACACACACCCUUCUGCAUAACUGACUAAAGUCUAUCAGUGGUAAAGUAUAUGAUUAUAUGUUUAUGUAUUGCAUGCUAUGAAUAGGUUAUAUAAUUAUAUUGGAGGAAGGGGGCAGAGGGGUCAGGUGGUAAUUAAGGGCAACAACCCCUGAACCUCAGCUGUAAAGGGACGUUAAUUAUUAAUGCACGCAUAUUGGGGGGGAUUUCCACUAGUUACAACAGCUACAAAGUAAAAGUUGGCUAUAUUGUAAAACUUAAUGGGGAAAAAAUAGCUUUCUGCUCUUAAUUUAUAGUUAGGCAUAAGGUCAGCAGUAGUGUGGGUAGGAUUAGGGUUACAAUCUUUAAAGAGAAAUGGUCGAAAUAGGCGGGGUUUAUGACUUUGUGGCUGUGCUAACUAUAGUGGCGACCAGUGGAUGAGAGAGCCACAGCCUGAUUUGGCACAGACAGGACGUAGGCUGUAUGUGUUUGUACCCCAUUUACAGAACUGGGAGGUUGAGUGCUCCUGUCAACGAGUGAAAACUGCGCUUGCAUCGGGCGCUGUGAAAAUGGCGGAUGACUGCGCUAGGCUCAGUACAAUAAUUGGUCAAUGUUCGCACGGCAGACUUUGCCCGGUGAGGGAGUGUUGUGUUUACGGAAAUCCAGUAAUGUGGCGCGAGCAGCUGUCAAGCAAAACUAGUAGCGGAACGGGGGCUCCUCGGGCUGUCAAGCGAGUCGACCGCUGGAGCGCGCAAGGGCUAUAGCCCAGACCCACAUUGAUACUACUGCUGCUGCCAUGGAGAGGAAACAGCAUCCAGUUGGAGAAGUCCUCAUCAUUCCAAUGAGACCUUCAACAUCACUUUCGCCCCAGGAUUCAGCUCGACACCUUCCCCUUCCCCUUCAGCCCUCCUCCCCUCCUCCACCCCUCUCUCUGUCCAGUCCCCAGCUCCAGGCUGAGUUUCUGAGAAGAGCUCCCAGAGCUGCUUCCCCUGACAACGACUCGGCUAGACACCAAAACCUUCUCCACCAACCCUCUCCCUCUGUCUCCCCCUUCCCCUCCCCUCCUCCACCCCUCUCUCUGGCCAGUCCCCAGCUCCAGGCUGAGUUUCUGAGAAGAGCUCCCAGAGCUGCUUCCCCUGACAACGACUCGGCUAGACACCAAAACCUUCUCCACCAACCCUCUCCCUCUGUGUCCUCCCCUCCUCCCCCUCUUUCCUCCCCUCCUCCACCCCUCUCUCUGUCCAGUCCACAGCUCCAGGCUGAGUUUCUGAGAAGAGCUCCCAGAGCUGCUUCCCCUGACAACGACUCGGCUAGACACCAAAACCUUCUCCACCAACCCUCUCCCUCUGUCUCCCCCUCCUCCACCCCUCCUCCACCCCUCUCUCUGGCCAGUCCCCAGCUCCAGGCUGAGUUUCUGAGAAGAGCUCCCAGAGCUGCUUCCCCUGACAACGACUCGGCUAGACACCAAAACCUUCUCCACCAACCCUCUCCCUCUGUGUCCUCCCCUCCUCCCCCUCUUUCCUCCCCUCCUCCACCCCUCUCUCUGUCCAGUCCCCAGCUCCAGGCUGAGUUUCUGAGAAGAGCUCCCAGAGCUGCUUCCCCCGACAACGAUUCGGCUAGAUUCAAAAACCUUCCCCACCAACCCUCUCCCUCUGUCUCCCCCUCUGUGUCCCUCUUCUCCUCCCCUCCUACCCCUCUUUCCUCCCCUCCUCCACCUCUUUCCUCCCCUCCUCCACCCCUCUCCUUGUCCAGUCCCCAGCUCCAGGCUGAGUUUCUGAGGAGAGCAAGCCGUGGUCUGAGAACUGUCUCCUGUGACACCAGCGAUGUCCUCACCUCCCCCAGCUCCACCCUGGUCUCCCCCUUUACCUCCAUCACCACCUCCACCCUUACCUCCCCCCCACAGCCCCUGUCCUCCUCCAUGCCCACUAAAGAGGGUUGCACUACUCUCCUGUCUCUCUCCAGUCCUGAGCUGCUAACUGAGCUGUGUCAAUCUCAGUCCCGUCCUAUGAAGCACGUCUCUGUCUCUAAAGGACUCACCACUGUCUUCUCUGGACGGGGCAGAGGCAUAACGAAUCCUAGCCCUGCCACUGCCUCAGGAGCAGCCAACCAGACACUCCGCUCAGACUCCAUGGCCAAUAGGAGAGGACAGGCAGGUCCCAGGCUGUCUAAUGGGACAAAGCGUUAGACUAAGCUAAAGUGCCCCUGAUGACCCCAGCUACUGUAUAAUGUAAUUGAAAUGAAUGAAAACCAGCAGUCCUGUGGCCCUCCGGGGCCUGGAGUUGAGAACUGAAUGACACAUUAUCAAACACUAUCUAUACUGCCAUGUGCCAUUGCCAACACACUAACAUCAGACAUAAUGCCAACCCACCGACAGACUUACACACACACACUGUAAUACACCCACACACACACUGUACCUCUUCAUGUAAGACAUGGAAAGCAAUGUGGUGAGGUGAAGCAGGUCUCUCUCUGUAAAAAAAUAAAUUAUCAAAUGUAUCACAA